CUCUAUGGAAGUGCUCGAGCGCAGCGUUCUACUCUCUCCAGCGACUUCUCCUCCCUCCCUCUUGGUAGUCUUCAGGGACAGCGUUAGGCAAGGGCAAGGGCAACAGUAGCGCGCUGGGGAUUUGACUCGACAAUCAAAUUGCACCUCCGCUGGUGGUUGUAUACUCCUGCUCGCUCACUGUCCAUUCCUCAGCAUUGCACGUUCCAAAUGUUCGUACGCUUCUCGUCCUUCUCUUCUCCCUCAUCAAGCGUCCGGCAACAAGUAACCUCGAAUGUUUGCUGAUCACGCAAUACCCUCAUCCUUGCUAUGUUCGUUGCCAUAAGUCGCGAGCUGUAGCUAAUAACUUUGGCCGUGGAAUGGUUCUCUCCCGCCCUCCUCUCUCUCUCUCUCUCUCUCUCUCUCUCCGCCCGCAGCUUGUUUGCUUGCUCUCGCUCUAGCUUUCUUCACUCUCCUUCCUCUGUUCCUCCAUCGGCUGCAUCUCGCUGCACAAUAACGCUUGCAUUGGUCUAUCUUCCUUGUGGCAAUUCGUAUACGGUCAAGAGCGUGUGGAAAAACGAGCAUUUGAGGAUCAGCCAAGAGAGUGAGUACGGGACCGAGAGAGGCGGAAGCUAGAGAAGAGAAGAAGAAUCCAGUGACAGCUGACUGAUAAGUAGAGAGAAGAGAGUUGGUGCGUUUGUCUUUCGUGCGACGAACGGACGCCCGCAAAUCCAUAUACAGACAGAGAGAGAGAGAGAGAGAGAGACAGAGAGAGAGAGAGAGAGAGAGAGAGAGAGAGAGAGAGAGAGAGAGAGAGAGGUUGUUGGCCAGCUGCUUGGUGCCAGAGUAUCUGGGCAAGUGCAUGAUGGUGGAUAUGGCUAGGCGUCUGGGGCCGGGUGUGGUGUUGAUUCUUUGGUGUUUACUAUGUCAAUCUUCAGCGGCUGUCGCCGGCUCUUCCCAGGAUGUGCUGUACGUAUUCGGCGAUUCUUUCGGAGAUACUGGCAAUCUUCCGAAAACAGCGGGCAACGGUGCGAACCCUUGGGCGCUGCCUUAUGGAUGCACUUGGCCCGGGUCGGCUGCAGGGCGGUUUUGCGACGGGAAGAUAAUGGUUGAUUACCUCUCGAGCGCGUUGCAGUUGCCCGACGACUCCGUGGUGCCGUACGUUCAGUGUGAUAGGUACGGGGAGGCCAGUCGCGGUGUGAACUUCGCGACGGGAGGAGCCAGAGUUCUAGGCGGCGGAGAGAACUCUUUGACUGGACAGGCGGCCAAGUUCCUCAAUUUCGUGAAGACAAGAAACUACACAGCUGAUCAGCUUUCCGGGUCUUUCUAUUUGAUCAUCAUGUCUGGCGGUAACGAUUACAGCAAGUGUUUGGAGCGAUCAAACAGACUGGAAGAGUAUGUACAAAUCGUGGUAGACGGAAUGAAGGAAUGUAUGAAUACGCUGUUCCACGCGGGAGCACGAAAGUUCAUUAUAACCAACGUGGGGCCGUUGGGUUGUUUUCCGUCUGCAAGGAACGAGAAGGGCGAGUGCGAUCCUGAUGGCGAUGCCAUACCGCAGCUUCACAAUGCCGCCUUGUCGAAAAUGGUCACGGAUUUCGGUGGGUCCGGCUGCGCAAUUCACAUUCUUGACAUGUGCAAGGCGUUUGCGGAGGUCAUGGAGAACCCCGGGAAGUAUGGGUUUUCCAACGUCAAUGGAAGUUGUACGUUUGCAACGUCAGGACCGUCCUGCGGUAAUGCUGCGGCGGUUGGCGGAAAUGUUACGGAAUCUUGUGCCAACCCCGACAAGUAUUUGUUCUGGGAUGGCUCGCAUCUAACACAAGCGGGUUGGCAGGCUCUCUUCAACUUCUUCCAUUCUGGUUCGGGGUAUACCGUCCCUGAGCCGAACCUCCGGGACACUUUGUUCUGCAAUUCUGGUUCGGGAUCUGGUUCGGGGUCUGGUUCGGGAUCUGGUUCGGGAUCUGGUUCUGGAUCUGGUUCUGGAUCUGGUUCUGGAUCUGGUUCGGGAUCUGGUUCGGGAUCCGGUUCUUCUUCUCCUCCUCCUCCUCCCCCUCCUCCCCCUCCUCCGUCAGGAUCGGGUGGCAGCGAGGGUAAUUCCUCCUCUGGCAAUGGCGGCGAAGGGCAUGCCAACCCUCCUGAUGAACCUCGCGGGGGCCAUCAUCCUGAGCCGGAGAAACCUAAAGUGACUCCUGGCGUCGCUAACAGCACUGACGAGAGCAGUAACGGAAGCACCACCGUCGACAACAUGGGCGAGAAUCAAUACAGCUACGCUCACUUCUAUGUCCAUGGAGAAAAGAAUGCUGCAGGUCGGUUGUCUCCAACCGUCGGAGGAUUGCGGAUUCUCCGCACUUUGUUGAUGACCGCGAUUACGUUCCUUUUGCUUCCAUUCUAUUGUUAAUAUGUAGUUCGAUUGUCCAAGUGUUCCUCCUCCUUUUUUUCCAUUCUUGUUAGAUUUGCGGCUCCAGAACAUGGUUUCCAUGGCUUCCCGGCCCCCUUCCGCUGCCUCCCCCCGCUUGUACGUUUUCCGCUUCCGGACUCCUUGCACCUACGUUGCGGUGCUUUCAUUGCCAGUGCUCUUUUCGUUUUUUGUCUGAGCCAGAAGACCGCUGUUGUUGUUGUGAUAAUAGGUUGGGAUCGCUUAGGUCGUCCGUCGCUCGUCUUCGCGUUCUCGGGUUUGCUCUCCUCUGCACCAUCUCUCCAUCCAUGCUACCCAUUCAUUCCAAUCCGACCGAAACCACUCGUCUCGUCCAUCAAUCCAACCCAUUUCAUCCCAUUCCUCUGUCAUAUCCAUCCUUGUCAUGAAUCAAUCUCGUUACGCUUGGAUCUUAGCCGUCUAUCCGUUUGCCAUCCGUCCAUUCAUCCGUGCAUCUGAGGGAGCUGGAUGCGCGGAGAGGGACUGCCACUCCUUUACUCGCUCAUGGAGACCCUUAUCCACCCCACUUUUCUGCCACUCCUUCAGCAGGAGUGCGAGCUCCGUCUCUGGACGGAGCAAUGAAAAACCGUUUUCUUCUCUUUAGAAGGUUUGUAGACCAAAGAAGAGAGAUGUAGAUAGGUAGAUUGUUACGUUUCUUUCUUGAACGGAUUGCGAAAUCGUGGCGCUUUCUGGAAAUUACUGUAAUUAUUUCCAACAUUCCGGAAAUCGCGCGCUCAUCGUUGCGCAUUCAUAUGCUUCCCUUCACGGCAUCCUCCUUGCAUGUCGUUUGUUUGCAACAACAUCCGUAGGAGGAAAGGCAUGAGGGAGAGAAGGGGUGGUCAUGUGCUUCCCUUCACGGCAUCCUCCUUGCAUGUCGUUAGUUUACAACAACAUCCGGACGAGGAAAGGCAUGAGGGAGAGAAGGGGUGGUUGACGAUAAGGAGCAGGUGCGGAAGGUUUUCACUGGACCCACGCCACAGAAGAUCAUUUUUAAUCUGAAUCGAAUUUGAUCUCGUUUUUCAAAUCAUAACGUUAUAUGCGCUUGUUUUUCCAUUUCUCAAAUCAUGACGUAUGACGGAAACUGCAUGUUUAAUGCACGCUGUAAAACCCCUUUUCUUGCCAAGUGUUCUGACCCCGUAAGGUUGUUCAUUUGACCUUCAAGAAGGCUUGUUGCAGCUCGUUUUGUGUUUUAUUCGGUCUUUUUUGAAUUUGGGUGCGUUGUUGCGUGGGGUCGAGGCGGCGGCGCGGGAAAGGGGGGUUGAGAGAGGAGGGGGGUUGAGGCAGGAUUAAGAGAAGAAACUUUUUCGGUUUUGCCUGCUUCUUAACAAUAUCUUGAGGUGCUGCGUUAUCAUUUUGCCUUCGUUUCCAUCUGCAGCUCAAUCCUUGAUUCUACAGUAGGAAUUUUGAAAAGAUGUUUCCCUUCAGCACACUGAAAUUGCGCUAGUUUCUUUUGCUUUUUGUCGGAUCGUUUGCAUCCUUGCCUUAUUUGCUUGACCCUUCGCAAGGGCCGACUCCUAUUUAACAAUCAUUGGCGCCCGUUUUGUGGGGAGUUUGUCUUCCUUUCUGCAUCACCUCUCUCUAAUGUUUGAAAUGAUCAGGUGCUUUGUGUGAGGAUUUCAAUGAAUAUUACUCCGGUUU